UAGACGCCAUAUUUGGAAAGGAUUCUCUGUAUGGAUGCCCACGUUAAUUUCGAUAAAUUCGGCACAGACUUUGCCGUCUCUUUUCCGAGAUAUAACAUCCGCCGGCUCGCCCCUCCCACUCUUCACCUCGUUCCGAAGCUAAACGCUUCUCUCCUUCUCUCCUUUCCCAACCCCCAACACCCACCCCUUUUUCGAUGAUUCGUUCCUUCGCCGAUCCAUUCCGUCGAAUGACUUCGAUUGGAUCGGCGGCGGUGGAAAAAAUUGGAUAAAAUUUGAUACGGCAGUGUAUUUGGUGGAGAAAAUGGGCGAGGAGGGAGAGGCUUGGAUGGAAAAAUCCGAUCUUUAGGGGUUUUUCAUCGAGCUUGAGGCUGGUCAGGUUGAUGGGUUGUUUCCCGUGCUUCGAUUCGAGCGAUGAGGGGGUGUUCGACACAGGGAGCGAGAGGGAGGAUAAAAGGGAGGAGCAGCCCAUGGUCCCUCCCCGUGUGGACCUAGUAUCCUCGGUAGCUGAUAGUAUGAGGUCUAAAAGCAACUCAAGAUCAGAAAGGGAAACACAGUAUCAGAAGGAUGGGUCUGGUGUUACUAUCUCGGCACAGACGUUCACUUUUCGGGAGCUUGCUGCUGCCACAGGGAAUUUUAGACCUAAGUGCCUUAUAGGGGAAGGGGGAUUUGGCCGGGUCUACAAGGGGUACCUAGAGAGCACUGGCAAGGUUGUAGCCGUGAAACAGUUGGAUAAAAAUGGACUUCAGGGGAACAGAGAAUUUCUUGUCGAAGUUCUUAUGCUGAGCUUAUUGCAUCAUCCUAAUCUUGUAAAUUUAAUUGGUUACUGUGCUGAUGGAGAUCAACGCCUUCUUGUAUAUGAAUUUAUGCCCUUGGGUUCAUUGGAAGAUCAUUUAUUGGACCUGCCACCUGACAAGGAACCACUAGACUGGAAUACGAGAAUGAGGAUUGCUACAGGUGCAGCGAAAGGGUUGGAGUAUCUCCAUCAUAAGGCAAACCCACCUGUUAUUUAUAGAGAUUUCAAAGCAUCCAACAUUCUCCUGGAUGAGGGGUUUGACCCAAAGCUCUCAGAUUUUGGGCUCGCAAAACUUGGCCCAGUUGGCGAUAAAUCUCAUGUAUCAACAAGGGUGAUGGGUACCUAUGGAUAUUGUGCUCCAGAAUAUGCUAUGACUGGACAGUUAACGGUUAAGUCUGAUGUCUACAGUUUUGGUGUUGUACUUUUGGAGCUGAUCACUGGACGGAGGGCCGUUGAUAACAGUAGACCACAAGGAGAACAGAAUCUUGUUUCAUGGGUAAGGCCCAUACUUAAUGAUCGAAGGAAGCUCCCAAAAUUAGCUGACCCAAAGCUGCAAGGACGGUUCCCUAUGCGUGGGCUCUACCAAGCCCUUGCAGUGGCAUCCAUGUGCGUCCAAGAUCAAGCUGCCUCCCGUCCUCUUAUUGCUGAUGUUGUCACUGCACUUUCCUACCUGGCAUCCCAAGCUUAUGACCCUGGUGCAUUGCAUGCCUUCAGCAACAGAUCUGGCAGGGACCAUGAUGAAAGAAGCCAUCAAGGAGGUGUAAGAGUACUAGCAAACAAUGAGGAAGGUGGAGGGUCUGGCCGGAAAUUUGUAGAAGAAAGAGAGGAAUCCCCAAGGGUGGUUGUUGGGGCCUUGAACAAGGAUUUCGAUCGGGAGCGAGCAGUGGCAGAGGCAAAAUUGUGGGGAGAGAAUUGGCGAGAGAAGAUACGGGCUAAUGCUAAUCAACGAGAUGCUUCAAAUGCUAAUGGAUAGAGGUUAGUAUUCGCUUCUCUUCCAUUUUUUUUAUGUACAAGAGAAGUGAGAUCUUACAGCAAGGUGCUAUUGACAUUUUAGCUGUUGCUUCUCUUUUCACCCCUUUUCUCAAUUACAUCUUCUACACAGAGGGAGUAGCAGAGUUGAGUGUCUAAUAUUAGAGGCAGGAAAGGAUGUAGUGGUGCUGACAGUUGGUCACUGAAACUCUUGUGCUUUAUAGAAGUCUAAAAAGUUGCGUGGAAGAGGAGCUAUGUUGAGUACUUUCUUCCACUGUUACUCAGUUCUAAGUGUUCCAUUGAUCUCCCAUGAUAUGAAAAGGUUCCUACUUUUCCACAUAAGCAAGCAAACUAACCGGUACUCGAAGUUUCCUUCGAGGUUGAAGAAUGGAAUGUGCUCUGUGGAUGAAAGAGAAUCACAAUAUGAUCCACAUACAUUAAUAUUUUACAAUGCUAUCAAAAGUAUUGAAAUAUUUGCUA